GCAAUGCGAAUGGCAAUGCUGUCCAGAGCAGUGUGGCCGGAGCUGAUAGAUUUCAGAUGAUGUUGUCCAUCCAAGCCGGCCGACCGCUGGAUGGUUCGCAGGACACCGGGGAAGGCUGCCUCAAGUGGUGGCCGCGCCAGGUUCGCUUCGCUAGCCUCCUGUCCAAGGAGCUGCCGGCUUUGAUGUUCAUACGACUUCUCACGUUGUCGGAGCGACAACUCCAGUCGCUGUUCGUGCUGACGCGCGAGCUCCGAAAACACCAAGAAUGUAUUUCUACCAGGCAUGAGGUGUCGAGUGCGAGAAGGCUCAAGGCAGCUGUCCACAGUCCACAGGCCAACUACUACCGGGGUGUUGACUCGACCAACCAGGCCCAGAAGGGCAUCUAUGAUCGGGGAGCGCUGAUCGCGAGGCCUUUUGAGUUCGGGUUCGCUUCUUCGCAGUCCAAGUUGCGAUGGGAGCCGGCACUGGGUUUCUCAACAGAGGUGCGCGCUGACCUUUGCAUGGCAAGGGUGUGGGGCGACGGCUACGGUAGGCAGUGCCCGAGGCAUCCCCGCAGCGGAACCCAGCUCUGUGGUCUCCACAAGGAGGGCUUGCUGGCACAUGGACGGGUGGAUGAGCCGGUGCCUCCUGCGAAGCUCAAGCAAAUGGAAGAGGCGGUCAUGAAGAGCCGAGGACAGCCGAAAGUAUCGGAAAGUCGAAGUCCUCCUGUUGCAUCUUCAACUGCGGUAACACGAGGCAGAGCGGCCAUGCAGGAGAGUGAGAUCGACAUGUCAGGUUCAAACUUCACUUGGCUCAGUGAUGGGGAGGAGGAGCCGGCGAUGCGUCCAUUCAUGCGCACGGUCGGAAAAAGGAGUCGGCGUCGGCACCAUCGUGUCGAGUACCUGUCAGGACAUGAAGUCAGCUUCGUCCUGGAGGUCGGUGAUGUGGUCCGCGCCUUCAGAGGCAAGGGAGGCCUUGUCUGUGGUGAGAUAUGUGAGCUCGUCGAGGACGGACAACGCAAAUUCAUGGUGCUGAGGCGCAUGUACGAAGCUGCAGAGCUCAGAAAGGGAUCGGCAAGACCAACCUUAUCGGAGAAGGAGCUGGUCGCCUCUGAGAAGUGCGAAGAGCUGCCUUUGUCCUCGCUGGCUGGGCGGCCUCUCCGAGUUCUCUCGCAGAAGGCCUAUACCAAGGAGGCAGACGAGGAGGACAUCAACAUCCAAGCUACAGGCUGCAUGUUUUGCCGCCGUUUGCUGGGAGAAGGUGACGUGCUGUGGGAGCUGGACUGGGACAAGGAUCGCGAAAAGAAGCGGGAGGAGUGUCUGCGAGCUUACCGUGGCCUUGAAAAAAAGGAGGCGCAGGGGAAACUGCCAGAUGGCCCUCAGGGCAUUUUUUUCAUGGCGCUUUCAGCUUUGCGUCCGUUCGCUUCAGAAGGCAUGCUCCCGUGCCGUGAAUCGGAGCAAGCAAGUGUCAUGGAAUUUCUCAAAUCCUCAUUGCGCAUCCACAUCAAGAAAGAGGUCCUCUACGUUUCAGGCAUGCCUGGCACUGGAAAGACUGCUUCGGUCCUCGACGCGGCGAAACGUCUGGAAAAAGCCAGGUCGUCAAGCUCCAAUUCGAACACUCCGAUCAAGUUCGCAUACGUGAAUGCCAUGUGUUUGUCUACCCCCUCUGCAGUUUUCGCCGAAAUUCAACGCAAGGUUCUCGGACAAGCGCAGAAGAGAAAACGCGGUCCAGGCCCAGGAGGUGAUGGAGAGGAAGCUUUGCGCCAAGCCUUGACCCAAGCAGGUGGCGAGGUCGUUAUUCUUGUCAUCGACGAGGUCGAUGCACUCCUUACACAGGGCCAGACGGUGCUCUACCGACUCUUCGACUGGAUGUCACAGCCAAACGCACGGCUCGUCGUGGUGGCCAUUGCCAACACCAUGGACCUCCCCGAACGCCUACUCCCUCGCGUCUCAAGUCGUUUGGGCAUCCGGCGGGUCAACUUCGAAGCUUACAACAGAGACCAACUUCACACCAUCCUGGCAGAUCGCCUACGAGCCGGUGGAGCAGAAGCGGCGAUAAGAGACGAU